ACAACAGGAAGACAGUCAGUGCCAGUGUGCCAUCAUGACUGGGAAAUUGUUUCUGUUGGGACUCUUGCUCAUCUGUGUGGCUGCAGAUACAACGAACUCUGGAAACAGGAGAGAGCCAUCCUGCUCGAAUCUAAAUGAACUCUUGAUAUGCAACUCGAGCCAUGAGCCUUUGUGCGGGAGUGAUGGAGCAACAUACGGCAACGAGUGUAUGCUCUGCGUCCAAAGACACACUACAAAGGAGAACAUUUUGAUUGUCAAGGAUGGAAUCUGCUGACCUGUGCAUCUCAACAAUGCAAAUAAUCAAAUAAAGCAUUCAGAAAAAAUGGUCG